CGGAAGGCUGAAGCUCACUUCGGUUCAGACUUUGCUCUCAAGCACACGCACCAUGAAUACGUCCCUGAUGGUCGUGAACAGCCAGGCAGUGAUCAGCAGCGCGCAACAGCGGGCUGCAAUUCGAAUGGAAACUGACGAAGCAGUCAGCUGACAAGCAUCCCAGCAGAAAUAGCUAAAUGGUGCUGGAUGCAGAAUCGAAAACAACGUAUUGAAAGGUGACGAGGUCCGUUUUAACGUCAAUUACAACAGUGUCGGAAAGUUUAUACUGGAUAAAUUGGAAAGUAAUCCAGAUGCGGCGAGUCAGAUUGAUACCGCCAGCGGUGAAUUAUACACAUGUAAAGAGGUAAGAGAACGAAGCGUUAGGUGCGCUCUGUGGAUGAGGUCACAGGGCCUACUUCCACGGGAUGUCGUCGCAAUCUGUAGCGAACAUCAUUUGGACGCUGUGUUGUCCUACUUUGCGUCAUUGUACCUCGGAGCUACCUUUAGUCUUUCAAAUGCUUCGCUGGAAAUAGCGGACCUUCACCACCGGUUUACCAUCCUUAGACCAAAAAUGAUAUUUGUCAGUGAGAAUGCAGUCACAGCUGUUACCGCGGCCGCUAAAACAGCAAAUAUUGAUCCAAAAAUAAUUGUUUUUGGCAAAUCUACUGAUUUCCUCGACUUCGAGAGCGUAAUUGCAGAAUCAAGUGCUGACCAAGUCAAAAAUUUUGAGUGUACCCCGAUCGAGUCAUCGAGGGAAAUUGCUUCGAUAAUGUUUUCCUCCGGUACAACUGGUUUGUCAAAAGGUGCCGGGAUAAGCCACGCAUCUCUCCUGAUGCAAGCGUGCACAACAUCAGAACAGUUCGGUAUGACCGGGCAAAUUUGCCUGCACUUUGGAAUAUUUGAUUGGAUCACUACGAUACACUUUAUAUUCAUGAGUCUGAGCUUGGGCAUUCCUAGACUCAUAGUAAAGGCCUUCGAAGAGCACUCAGCUUGUGCCCUGAUGGAAAAAUACAAAGUUAACUGGGUUUUCAUGUCUCCGAGUAUGAUCAACAAGUUAGUGAAAUCCGACGCGUUGGAUACACACGAUCUUUCAUCCCUAAAUCGAAUCAUAUAUGGCGGGGCGCCGUUAUCCGCAACAUCGUACGAAGCCCUAUCCAAGUACUUGCCCAAGGCCCAGAUCAUCGGGGCUUACGGAAUGACGGAGCUUGGUGGUUACUUCGCAAUUCAGCCGAUUAACUCAAGGCUUGAUGGUUCAUGCGGUAAAAUUCUUUAUAAUGCCCAGCUGAAGGUGAUCGAUACGGAUUCAGGGCGCGUAUUAGGGGCCAGAAAAAAGGGUGAAUUACUGCUGAGGACUGACUUUAUGAUGCAUUCUUAUUACAAAAAUCUCGAAGACACAGCUAAGCUCAUUGACGAGGAAGGAUGGAUCCACUCCGGAGAUAUCGGAUAUUACGACGAAAAUGGGAAUAUUUUUGUGAUCGACAGAAUGAAGGAGUUGGUCAAGUAUCAUGAUCAUCACAUAUAUCCAUCCGAAAUCGAGAGUUUACUGUUGACUCAUCCCAGAGUCAAGGAAGUGGCCGUCGUGGGCCAGCCUCGUCCUGGUGCCGACGACCUUCUGAUGGCCUUUGUCGUUACGACAGCGGACUCCUUUAACAUCAGCAACGAGGUUAUUGGAGCGGAAUUAGUUGACCUCGUGGCCACCAAGCUUUCAGAUUACAAACGACUUCGCGGAGGUGUCAAGUUCCUUGAGCAUAUGCCGAAGUCCCCGACUGGGAAGAUCCGACGUGAAAAACUGCGACAAAUCGCGAGAGAUAUGCUAAGUGCUGAUGCCGCGGCUUGAAAUGCGACCAUAGCUGUUGAGAAUUGACUAAUUAUAACCAGUUGAAAUCAUUUAAAAAUAGUAUUUUGUGUACCAAGAGCGGGAAACAACCCCUCGCCCUUCGUGUACGCCAUU